UGAUAGGCUAUAUAUGCAUCAUACACAGUCGAAUAAGUUAUGGAACUACACCACUAUCUUUCUCUCGCCUUAACAAAGCGAGCAUAUCUAAUUAGUUUAACGUUAUAAUGCCAAAUACUUAUAUCAUAACAUAAAGAGGAAAACGUGACGGUGCUACCUUUUCAACCGACAUUCGCGCGUCUCUCUCUUCUGUUAUGGGACUUUGCCAAAGAAAACGUGUGUUUUGUGAUUAUGAAUGUUCAGUUCUUUGUCAGUCAUUCUGUAAUUAGAAACCAAAGGGGAGCUAUGACUGCUAUCUACUGUAAAUGUUCCUCUGGUCACACUUAAAUGACCAUGCCGAGCCGAACGACGUCCCCGCCGCUCACAGCGACUCUGCUGGCGGCGCUGUGGCUGAGUUUGGGUCGGUGCGGUGUCCUCGGACCUCCAGGAUGUGACAAUGGAAAGCUGUCUUUGGGAAUGGACCUGCCUGAGGAUGCUGUGCAUUGGGAUUGUCCAGGAACUAUUUGGCCAGAGUCUACACAGAGACUUCCCAGUAUUGACAGAGUGUAUGAUCCUGAGCCAGCCAUGGAGAUCUGCAUGGAUAAACCUAUUUCCUACAACCAUAUCUUUCCCAACAGUGGAGCGUACAGACCAGUAAGGGCAAAGAGCGGAGAGUACUUGUACUGUCCUCCUCAACGUUGGCUCAAUAACUUGCACCAUGGAGCCACUGUUUUGCUCUAUCACCCCUGUUCUCCUCUCCGCGAGCGUUUACUUCUGUCUGUCCUGGCCCGCUCCUGUCUGCCAGACUACAUCAUGACCUCACAUCCACAGCUCAAUAAACACAGGCCAAUAGCCUUGGUGUCAUGGGGUCACACUUUGGAGCUGUCCACAGCGGCCUCUUCAGACAUCUGUGAUUGGCUGGAGACCACAGCAACCACAAGAAAUACGUUUGGUGGUGUGAGCCAGAGCAGGAAGUACAACCUGCUGUUAACCCGGUCAGCCGAGCAGCACCGACAGCAGCAUGCAGGGGAACACUCGGCAAAAAUGAUGAAGGAGUCUCUGAAGCAAUGCUGUGAGCAGACCAUCUCUUCUCAGCUGAGUGGAGCGAUGGAGACACAGCUAGAAUCCAGCAUGAAGAAGGAGGGCUUAAAGCUAAGUAAAGAGGAAGGAAAAAGAAGGCAGAUGAGAGCCAUUAAAGAAAAACAGGGCGAUGUUGAAGAUGAAAACAAGAGAGGAAAUGCAACACAAUACAAUAUCAACAGAACCUCCAUCAGCAGGACUGGAGACGUCCACAACGACAACAACACUCUUGGACCUUCAACAGGAAACACUGAAGCUUCUUCUCAGUCUGAGAUCCAAAAUACAAACCAUGGCCUCACACCCAGCCCUUUUGUGGGAUCAAAUAUGUCUAAGACUAGACUUAGAAGUGAUUCGUUAGGACUCAUGGCUCUUGAGUCUCAGGAAAGCAGUCUGACUCUACAGACAGCAGCACAGCAGUCCAGUAACCUCAGAAACCCAAACCCCUCUGCUGGGUUCAUUGUUCUCGCUAAUGGUGUGAACAGUGAACAAAAUAACACUGCCAGGCCCGAAGCCCAGGCCAUUAGCUCCAAAAAUGAAGGUUCAGCCAAACACAGAGACAACAACUCUCUUAAACACAGCCUCAAACAGAAGAAGAUGGGAAGAGAUGGCACGAUGAAGGAUAACGAAGCAAUAGACGUUAAAGAAAGAGAGUUGGAACAUAAGCGUUCACACUCUCAAUACAAGAGUGAAAAUAUUGGCUUUGAUUCUGUUUCAAAAUCAGAGUCUCCGCCCCUGCAGCCCCAACACAAUCAGAACCCACAGACAGUCAGUUAUCUGCCCAACGACUGUGACAGCUGCAAAGCAGGGGAACACUGUGAGUGCAGCGAGGGGUCGGGGGCCGCUGCUGUGAACCUUGGGUUGUCCCGGACCCCGAGGACGGACGAGGCGGUGUGGGCCGCAGCAGCUCUGGGCUUCCUGCUGAUCCUCCUGACCCUGUCGGUGCUCCACACACGGCUGUACCGCCACUGGAGGACCACGCCCAGCCUCUACUGGCACGACCCACAGCGGGACUACGACAGUGUGGCAGAUGUGAUCCGCACGAGGAUAAGGAUUGCCAACAGAAGGCGGAAAAGGGGCCGACGACAGGAGUGUGUUCUUCUGCCCAGCUCCUCCAGCUCAGACGAACAUCCGUAGAAGAAUGAAGGAAACACCUCCAAGAGUGCACCCAAGUCACAUUUAAAGCGGAGUAGGUCAACAGUGGACAAUAUUUGCAUCAGUGUCUUUAUCAAUGAAAUGUUCUUUGCGAGACAAAUUAUUCUAAAUUAGGUGCGACUCAUCUUUUAUCAAAUAAGUAGCUGGAUAAGCUGGAAGCUGUAGCUGAAAUGCCACAUACUGUAGAAGCUGAAAUGCCACAUAGAUCAUAGAGAACCCUUUUAUAGAUGUAUAGGUUACAUACAGUAGUCAAAACUACAAUCCCCAAAUCACAAGCAUUAAAGGUGGGGUAGGUAAUUUACUUCAGAAACACUUUGUUAUAUUCCAUGGAAUGCUCUUAACAUCCCGAUAGCAAUGAAUACAUUAAAUGCUUUGACAAUAAAUACAUAAAAACAUUUCAUCUGUGGAAGCCGGAGCGCUGUAAAAAGCACGACCAAUCAUCUGAGCCGGCCCGGCUAAAAUAACUGGAUGGCCUACCUGCCUGUCAGCCUUCCAUCUGUGCACAAACUUAUCUCGUGCCCUCAUUGGUCAUGUGCUCGUUCGUGUGUGUUGGAGGAGGGGCUCUGUAAGGAAGUGUGAAGGAAGGGGCAGAUUUUAUUCGGCUGCAUAGUUUCAAAUUCUAGCGCACUCGAGCUGGUUUCUCCAUUCUUACCUACCCUACCUUUAAAGGACAUUUACAGGAGGCUAAUGAAAGCUCACACAACUCUAUUCAGUCCUAUGGUUCCAGAUCAAUCAUUUAACCACUCAGGGAAUCCCUACAGUAUAAACAUAUACAUUAAAGAGUCCAAAGAGAACGUUUUAUAAAUGUCUCUGAUUAUAUUCUUCUACACAUCACACAUUACACACGCCUUAUUUUAUUCACUCCAGUGUAUCACAUUCAAUAUAAAGUCUCCAGGCCUGUUCUUGUCAAUGUUUUUCUACCCAAUGAUUGUUUUUGUUGUGCUACAUUUUGUCAAUAUUCUGUUUUUAUAAAUAGUUUUAUAGUAAUAUGACAUUUAUUUUAUUAUUGGGAUGUUUUACUAUGUGAAUAUGUAAGUUGCUGUUCUAAGCAACACCGUGCGCUGUAUUUGUUAUUAAAUGGUACAAUGAUUUGAA